GUGUUACUCUACUCUGUGGAUCUUUUAACCAUGAAUCAUUCAUCAUUUUGGACAGCAGCCUCUCCGGAGAGGAAACCCUGCAGCACACGGACUGCUGCUACAGGACUUGGCAUUGGCAUAUGGGUUUCUGUGGUGCUACUGCAUGUGUUAAGAGAAUCUUGUCGUCAUAUGUGAUCACUCUGUAACGGGUUUACAGAAGAAGAAGGGUUUUUUUUUUUCAGUUGUUUAGCCCAUUGAGAAGCUCUCCCUCCCGCCAUGCUCCCGGCUCAGGAGGCCGCCAAGAUCUACCACACCAACUACGUGCGAAACGCCCGCGCCGUGGGCGUGCUGUGGACGGUUUUCACCAUCACCUUCGCCGUGAUCACCGUGGUGGUGUUCAUCCAGCCUUACUGGAUCGGGGACAGCGUCAACACGCCGCAGGCCGGCUACUUCGGCCUCUUCCACUACUGCAUCGGGAACGCGCUCACCUCGGAGCUCACCUGCAAAGGGAGCGCGCUGGACUUCGGCUCCAUCCCGUCCGGCGCCUUCAAGACGGCCAUGUUCUUCGUGGGGAUCUCCAUGCUGCUGGUGGUGGGCAGCAUCGUGUGCUUCAGCCUCUUCUUUUUCUGCAACGCCGGGAGCGUCUACAAGAUCUGCGCCUGGAUGCAGCUGGCCUCGAGCACCUGCAUGGUGAUUGGCUGCAUGAUCUACCCUGACGGCUGGGACUCGGAUGAGGUGAAGCGUAUGUGUGGCCAGCGGACCGACAAAUACACACUGGGCAACUGCACGGUGCGCUGGGCCUACAUCCUGGCCAUCAUCAGCAUCAUGGACUCGCUCAUCCUCUCCAUGGUGGCCUUCAGCCUGGGCAGCAGGCAGGACAAGCUGCUGCCUGAGGACUUCCAGGUGGAGGAGAAAGAUAACGCGUAGGCCCCUGGUGGACAACGCAAGGAAGAGGGACACUUGAAGAGAAGCACCACUGACUGGACUGAUUCAGACCUAUUCAGAGGCUUCAGGACAGUAAGAUCUAAUUACAAUCCAAAAAUAACUUACUACAAGAAGUUCAUCCAUGAAAUUGUGACAUUUCAUUAACACAGUCUGCCUCCAGCUCAGACCUUACGGCCUUAGACUAAGCUAAUUGCUACUGUUUGGACCAAAGCAAGUCAAUGAACAUUUUGUAGACUGCUCCUUGUUACUUUGGUGAGAUAAACGUCACAAAUGCAAAGCAGACUGUCUUAAAUAACAUGAAGGAAAAUGUAAAAUAAACCUGUCUGUUGCAGUGUCA